AUGGAGCUUCCUAUUCAGCUUCUCUUCCUCCUGCUUCUCCUGUCCUGGGCAGAGAACACAGCAUCACAAAGCAGCUCAAACACAUUGACAGUGAAUGGGCUUCUGGGAGAGCUGGUAACUUUUCCCCUGAAGUUUCCUGUGGGAGAGGAGAUUGAGUACAUCACUUGGCUUCACAAUGGAAAAUCUGUUGCCUUCAUACAUCGAAGUGAAACAGGAAGUCUACCAAUAAUUGUGAUUGACUCAAAACGAAAAGAGCGACUGAACUUUACCCCCUCCUACUCCUUGCAGCUCAGCAACCUGAUGAUGGAAGACGCAGGAUCUUACAAUGCCCGGAUAAUCUCAAAGACUUCUAUAAGAGGAUAUUUUUAUACUCUGAGGGUCUUCGAGCAGCUGCCAAGACAUCGAGUUGCCAUGGAUUCCAUCAUCUGUGAGAAUGGGACCCAUAAUAUCACCCUGAGGCAUUUUGUGGAGGAAGGAGGUGCAGAUGUCACAUACAGGUGGAUACGAAUGGGACCAGGAGCUGUUGUGUCCCAGGGAGAAGCCAUCCUCAGCAAUCUGGAUCAGACCUACACCUGCACAGUUAUGAAUGCUGUUAGCAAUAAUAACUGCGGCUACUUCCUUUCUGAGAAGCUUUGUGCAGGUUCAAAGGCAGCUGAAGGCACUUACUGCCCAGUGACGUGGAUUCUUCUGGGGAAAACCCUUCUUUUCCUUGUGUUACUUGGGAUCCUAGGAAUUCGGCAUAUCUUUGCUCAACAAACCUCUUAG